AACAAACACCAAUUCGAUCGAAACUCGGUCCGUAUAAUAAUCUCUCAACGACGCUGCAGCGACUCCAAAAUCCUUCAAACUCACUCAUCAUAUUCCUUCCUUUCCUUUCUUUACCCACCUUAGGGUUUCUUAUUUCUUCCAACGCAACAUUCUCACUUAGGGUUUUUGCAUAAUAAUGGCCGGAAACACCAUUUUAUCCGACGAAGAAGAUGAGAUUGAAGUUGAAGAGGAUGAGCGAGAAGAGCCUGAUGGUGAAGAUGUUGAUCCUGGAGAUCGAGAUGAUGAUGAAGAUGAAGAGGAUGAAGAAGGACAAGAUGAAUAUGAGAAGGACGGUUUUAUAGUGGAUGAUAUCGAUGAGGAGGAUCAGGAUGGGGAGGAAGAGGAUAGAGCGGAUAGUGAUGAGGAGAGACAAAGGAAGAAGAAAAGGAAGAAACGAGAAUCGGAGAAGAACUACGUUCUUGAUGAAGACGACUAUGAGCUUCUUCAAGAUAAUGUUGGAUUUCGACGCCCAAAAGUCGAGAGUAAAAAGUUUAAGCGAUUAAAGAAAGCAAGGGCCGAUGCUGAUGAAGGGCAAUCUGGAUUUUCUGACGAGGAGGAAUAUGACAUAACUGGAAAAGGCGGGCGAAGCGCUGAGGAUAAGAUUAAACGUAGUUUAUUUGAUGACGAUGAGGGUCCACCGUUGGAGGAUAUUGCUGAAGAAGAUCAACAGUUAGAAGAAGAAGAUGGUGACAUCGGUGAAGAAGAGGACGAAAUGGCUGACUUUAUCGUUGACGAAGAAGAGGUUGAUGAACACGGAGAACCAACAAGGAGAAGAAAGGUUAACAAGAAAAAAUCGAGGCAGGCCCCUGGGGUCUCAUCUACCGCAAUUCAGGAGGCUCAUGACAUAUUCGGUGAUGUAGAUGAGCUCUUAAGGCAAAGAAAACAAGGGCUCGAAAGGAUUAGCAGGUAUGAUGAAAGUGGCGAAUGGCGGGAAAGGAGGCUAGAAGACGAAUUUGAACCAAUUAUUCUUUCUGAAAAGUACAUGACUGAAAGUGAUGACCGUAUUCGGGAGAUAGAUAUUCCUGAAAGAAUGCAGAUCUCUGAGGAAAGCACUGGUCCACCCCCAACAGACGGAAUAAGUAUAGACGACGAGAGUAACUGGAUUCUUAAUCAACUUGGAACGGGAAUGGUACCGUUAUUCAGCAAAGAAGGGCAUGAGCUGGCGGUAGAUAAGGGCGAUAUCGUUAGAUUUUUGGAAUUUAUGCAUGUUCAUAAGUUGGAUGUACCGUUUAUUGCUAUGUAUAGAAAGGAAGAGUGCCGGAGUCUUUUUAAAGAUCCCGAGCCACAAGAUGACAAGGAUGAUAAAAAAAAUCCUGAUGAAAAACCCACGCUGAGGUGGCACAAGUUGCUUUGGGCUAUCUUGGAGUUGGACAGAAAGUGGUUACUGCUUCAAAAACGAAAAAGCGCACUACAGGUGUACUACAACAAGCGGUUUGAAGAAGAAAGAAGCGUAUACGAUGAAACACGUCUUCAUUUGAAUCAAAAGCUGUUCGAUUCAAUCACAAAGUCACUCAAAGUUGCUGAGUCAGAACGAGAGAUUGAUGAUGUGGACUCAAAGUUUAACCUCCACUUUCCGCCUGGUGAUGUCGGUGUGGAUGAAGGGCAGUUCAAGAGACCGAAGAGGAAAUCACAAUAUAGCAUUUGUAGUAAAUCGGGACUUUGGGAGGUUGCUACGAAAUUCGGCUAUAGCUCUGAAGAAUUUGGAUUGUUGAUCUCUCUCGAAGAAAUGAGAACCGAUGAAUUAGAAGAUGCAAAGGAAACACCAGAAGAAGUGGCUUCAAGAUUUACAUGUGCAAUGUUUGAAAAUCCUCAAGCUGUUCUCAGGGGGGCUAGGCAUAUGGCGGCAGUUGAGAUUAGCUGUGAGCCAUGUGUCCGAAGGCAUGUUCGAAGCAUUUUUAUGGAUAACGCUGUGGUGUCGACUAAUCCCACCGCUGACGGCAACGUGUCGAUAGACACACAUCAUCAGUUCGCAGGGAUCAAGUGGUUAAAAGACAAACCGUUAACGAAAUUCGACGAUGCCCAAUGGCUUCUUAUCCAAAAAGCCGAAGAAGAAAAACUUAUCCAAGUUUCCGUAAAGCUUCCGACGUCUAUCCACGAUCAGUUAAUUAACGAUGCUCAUAAUUACUAUCUUAGUGACGGUGUGAGUAAAUCUGCUCAAUUAUGGAACGAACAAAGAAAGCAGAUAAUAAAUGACGCUUUCGACGGUUUGCUUUUACCGUCAAUGGCGAAAGAGGCGAGAGCGUUAUUAACGAGUCGAGCGAAAAACUGGUUGCUUACGGAAUACGGACAGAAUUUAUGGGAUAAAGUAUCGGUCGCACCGUAUCAGAAAAAGGACCAUGAUGUUAAUUCAUCUGACGACUAUGAAGCCGCACCAAGAGUUAUGGCGUGCUGUUGGGGCCCGGGGAAGCCGACAACAACGUUUGUGAUGUUGGAUUCGUACGGGGAAGUUCUUGAUGUGUUGUAUGCCGGUUCCAUAAGCAUACGCGGUCAAAACGCUAAUGAUCAACAGCGUAAAAAGAACGACCAACAACGUCUUCUUAAGUUCAUGACGGAUCACAAACCUCAUGUUGCUGUUCUUGGAGCGGUUAAUUUGUUAUGUCCUAAGCUCAAGGAGGAUAUUUAUGAGAUCGUUUUUAAGAUGGUUGAAGAUCACCCGAGAGAUGUUGGGCAAGAAAUGGACAGUUUACAAGUUGUAUACGCUGAUGAGACUCUCCCACACUUGUAUGAAAACUCGCGUAUAUCAUCAGAACAGCUUCAACCACAAUCGGGCAUCGUUAGGCGAGCUGUGGCCCUUGGACGUUACCUUCAAAAUCCAUUAGCAAUGGCGGCUACCCUCUGUGGGCCCGCGAAGGAGAUUUUAUCGUGGAAACUUACUCCAUUAGAAAGUUUUUUAACUCCCGACGAAAAAUACAGCAUGGUCGAACAAAUUAUGGUAGACGCCACUAACCAAGUGGGCCUAGACGUAAAUCUAGCCAUAAGCCAUGAAUGGUUGUUUGCUCCGUUACAGUUCAUUUCCGGGCUUGGGCCACGGAAAGCAGCUUCAUUACAGCGAUCAUUAGUACGGGCUAGCUCAAUAUACACCCGUAAAGACUUGCUGAACCACGGGCUUGGCAAGAAAGUGUUUGUAAAUGCAGUUGGGUUCUUACGGGUUCGUCGAAGCGGAAACGCUGCUAGCAGUAGUCAAUUCAUUGACUUGCUAGAUGAUACGAGAAUCCACCCGGAGUCGUACGGUCUCGCACAGGAAUUGGCUAAAGAUAUUUACACCGAAGAUGGUCAAGGUGACGUUAACGAUGAAGAUAUGCUUGAAAUGGCGAUCGAGCACGUGAGAGAAAACCCUUAUUUGUUAAAAAACCUUGAGGUUGACGAGUACGCCAGAUCGAAAAAACGCGAGAAUAAAAAAGAAACGUUAAAUCAUACACGAUUGGAGUUGAUUCAAGGUUUUCAAGAUUGGCGAAAACCGUUUGUGGAACCGAAUGCGGAUGAAGAGUUUUAUAUGCUUACUGGCGAGACAGAACAGACACUAUCCGAGGGUAAAAUCGUCCAAGCGACUGUUCGCAGGGUUCAACCUCAAAGAGCGGUAUGUGUUCUCGACUCAGGGUUGACCGGUCUACUGAACAAAGAAGACUAUAGUGAUGACCGUAGAGACAAUGAUUUGACUGAGAAGUUGGAUGAAGGCGAUAUCUUAACUUGUAAAAUAAAGUCUGUUGUGAAAGGCAGAUGCCAGGUGUUUUUAAGUUGUAAAGAAAGCGAUUUAAGAAGUGACCGAUCUCGCAACAAUAAAGCGAUGGAUCCGUAUUAUUAUGAAGAUCGCGAUAAUUUAGAUAAUGAAAAAGAAAAGGCGCGUAAAGCUAAAGAGUUAGCGAAGAAGCAUUUUAAAUCGAGAAUGAUUGUUCACCCUCGGUUUCAGAAUAUUACAGCUGAUGAAGCAAUGGAGAUGCUGUCUGAUAAGGAACCUGGUGAGAGUAUCAUUCGUCCUAGCUCUCGUGGGCCCUCCUAUUUGACUUUGACGCUAAAAAUCUACGAUGGUGUUUACGCUCACAAAGAUAUUAUCGAAGGCGGAAAGGAGAAUAAGGAUAUCACAAGCAUGUUGCGUCUCGGAAAAACAUUGAAAAUAGGAGAUGACGUGUUUGAAGAUCUCGAUGAGGUAAUGGAUCGUUAUGUUGAUCCGUUAGUAGCUAACUUGAAAACAAUGCUGGCGUACCGCAAGUUUAGAGAUGGGGGGAAAGCGGAAGUGGAUGAAAGUUUACGAAAAGAAAAAAACGAGAACCCGUCAAGAAUUGUUUACUCUUUCGGUAUAUCGUUUGAACACCCGGGCACAAUUAUUUUGACUUACAUUAGGAGUUCGAAUCCGCAUCACGAGUAUGUUGGAUUGUAUCCGAAAGGGUUCAAAUUCCGCAAGAAGAUGUUUGAGGAGAUUGACAGACUUGUGGCGUAUUUUCAAAGACAUAUUGAUGAUCCACUAGACGCUGGACCGUCAAUACGUUCGGUUGCCGCCAUGGUCCCGAUGCGCAGCCCUGCAACUGGUGGUUCUGGUGGCUGGGGUGGUAGCAAUGAUGGUGGCUGGCGAGGCUCGUCUGGAGAUCGAGAAAGAACAUCCACCCCAAGCUCUAGAACUGGUAGGAAUGAUUAUAGGAAUGGUGGCAAUCAUGACGGACAUCCAAGUGGUCUGCCGCGGCCUUAUGGUGGGGGUGGUGGUCGUCGGCCGGGCCGAGGUGGACGAGGGUCAUAUAACAACCGAGACGCUGAGCGUGGAAAUGGGCGGUCACCGGGAAGUGUGGGCAGUGGAGGUGGCGGCAGUAAGAGAAGUUCUAUGCAGUCCCAAACAGGAGGAAGUAGUGCUGGGUGGGGCAGUGGAUGGUAGUCUCUCUGGGUAUGCAUCUAUAGUGUUAAGCUUAAACCGGAAACUUUGUACGACAGAUAUUAUACGCUGAUUUAUUUAUUUUCUGUUAUUUUGUAUUGUAUUGUAUUUUUAGAUUUUGAAUUUUUGUUCUGGAUUAGUAUUUUUUUGUGGUUGCUACUCUUUUAUGAUAGAAAUAUAAAAUGCCAAGCAUGAACUGGCUUGGUUUUACGGUGUA